UAUAACGAAAGAAUCAAUGAAAAAUUUUUUUUGCGAAAACAGUGUGAAACUUUUAACGUUAUGAAAUUGUUAAUUUUUAAUUAUUUAGAGAUGGUUCCAGUGGUGCUUUGUUUCUCAGGGAAACGAAAAUCCGGUAAAGAUUUUUUGUGCCAAGAAUUGGCUCGUCAGUUCAGAGAAAUAGAUCAUUGUUCAGUUGUUGUACGUGGAAUAAGUUUUCCAUUAAAAGAUGAAUUUGCUAAAAUUCAUCAAUUAGACAAAGAUGCUUUGAAAACUGACGACACUUAUAAAGAGAUAUAUCGUUAUGAAAUGGUCAAGUGGGGUGAAGAAAUCCGACGAAAGGAUCCGACAUAUUUUUGCAAGUGUUUAAUGAAGAUAUUUUUCACUAGAUUGGUGCGUGUAGAAUCGAAUAUGGAUGUUCGUAAUGCACGUGGUUUUCAAUUCGUAAGCGGAAUUGAUGAUGCGGAAACAGAAUGUGCUCUUGAUUCGUUCAUGGAAUGGGAUUUCAGGAUCCAAAACGAUAAUUCAUCGAAGGAUAGUGCUGUUCCUGCUUCUUUACAAAGCAGUUUGGAGGAAAUUCGUAAUGUUGUCAAAUUAAUGCUUGUAGUCUGA